GCCGGGCGUGGCGGGGAGUGGGAGGGCAGCGACUCGCACGGCCGGGCGUCCCCCGAGGGCGCACAGCCCGACCUACCCGCUGACCCGCUCUGGUGCGUGGGGUUUUCUUUCUGGUCCUCCGGAACCUGGCGCUUCUCUCAUGGUCCUUCGCUUCUCUGGUUGCUGUUGCGGCCCAGAGGAGAACACCCGCCGGUCCAUCAUCCCGUGCUCGGAAAGAUGGUGACAAGGAGGAGGAAGAAACAACCUCAUCAUUCAGAUCUGAGCCUUCCAGAGCACAGCUUCUUGCUCGCUCUCGGACCCGAAUGUCCCUGGCUGCUUAUUGUGUCAUCUGUUGCAGAAGAAUCAGAACUUCUACUCCCCCGCCAAAACGUGACACAUACUGGAGAGACAUCAGAAAUAUAAUAAAGCUCACUGGAUCACUUAUUUUAGGAGGUUCUUUAUUUCUUACAUAUGAAGUUUUGGCCCUGAAGAAGUCUUUGACACUAGAUACUGAAGUGGUAGAAACAGAAAAAAUGAAGUCAUAUAUAUAUGUGCACACAGUUUCUUUAAAUAAAAGAGAAAAUUAUGGGUUUGCCUAUCAAGCAAGAAAAGAACUUCACAAAGCAGUAAGAAAAUUAUUGACAACAUCAGCAAAGAUAUUACGGAAUCCAUUUGCAGACACCUUCAGUACAGUGGACGUGGAAGAUCACGAGUGUGCUGUGUGGCUGCUGCUACGGAAGAGCAGAUCUCAGGACCGCGCUGAGCGGCUGGAGGCCGUGCGGGAGCUGGCCGAGGCCCACCACUGGCACGAUUACCAGUACAGGAUAAUCGCUCAAGCCUGUGAUCCAAGAAUUCUCAUUGGUUUGGCACGAAGCAAAGAGAGUGAUCUCCGCUUUUUUCUCCCACCUCCUCCUUUACCAUCUUUAAAAGAAGAUUCUUCCACGGAGGAAGAGCUGAGGCAGCUGCUGGCUUCGCUGCCUCAAACGCAGCUCGAUGAAUGUAUCCAGUAUUUCACGUCUUUGGCCCUCAGUGAAAGCAGUCAGAGUCUGGCUGCCCAGAAGGGUGGCUUGUGGUGUUUUGGAGGAAAUGGACUUCCUUAUGCUGAAAGUUUUGGAGAAGUUCCUUCAGCUACAGUUGAAAUGUUCUGUUUAGAAGCUAUAGUAAAACAUUCUGAGAUAUCUACACACUGUGAUAAGAUUGAAGCAAAUGGAGGCCUGCAACUGCUUCAGAGGAUGUACCAGCUUCACAAGGACUGCCCCAAAAUGCAGAGAAAUAUAAUGCGCAUCAUUGGGAAUAUGGCUUUGAACGAACAUCUUCAUUCUCCUAUAGUUCGCUCAGGCUGGGUCUCCGUAAUGGCAGAAGCAAUGAAGUCUCACCACAUUAUGGAGGCUUCCCACGCUGCCAGAACCCUGGCUAAUCUAGACCGAGAAACCGUGUCGGAGAAGUACCAGGAUGGCGUGUACGUGCUGCAUCCCCAGUAUCGAACCAGUCAGCCCAUUAAAGCAGAUGUCCUUUUUAUUCAUGGCCUUAUGGGAGCAGCAUUCAAAACAUGGCGCCAGCAGGAUAGUGAGCAGGCUGGAAUUGAAAAGACCCUGGAGGAUGAAGACAGGUACACGACAUGCUGGCCCAAGACGUGGUUAGCAGCAGACUGCCCUGCUCUCCGGAUCAUAUCCGUGGAGUAUGACACCAGCCUAAGUGACUGGAGGGCGAGGUGCCCCAUGGAAAGAAAGUCCAUUGCAUUCAGAAGCAACGAACUUCUUACGAAGCUCAGAGCUGCUGGUGUAGGGGAUAGGCCAGUGAUUUGGAUCUCACAUAGCAUGGGUGGUCUUCUUGUCAAAAAGAUGCUGUUGGAAGCCUCUAAGAAACCAGAAAUGAGCACUGUCAUAAACAAUACCAGGGGGAUCAUUUUUUAUAGUGUCCCUCAUCACGGAUCACAUUUGGCCGAAUACUCGGUUAAUAUUCGGUAUCUCCUCUUUCAUUCUCCUGCACUUAAAACACUACAGGAUGAUUUUCUGGAGUUUGCUAAAGACAAAAACUUCCAGGUGCUGAAUUUCGUAGAAACUCUGCCAACCUAUAUUGGUAGCAUGAUUAAGCUCCACGUGGUGCCCGUGGAAUCAGCAGAUUUAGGCAUUGGAGACCUAAUUCCUGUGGACGUAAACCAUUUGAACAUUUGUAAGCCAAAGCAAAAGGAUGCUUUUUUGUACCAACGUACUUUACAAUUCAUCCGUGAAGCUCUAGCCAAAGACCUUGAAAACUAACCCUCACCUUCCAUUUUCACGUGUGAAUACAAUGCAAGAAACUUGGUAUCUUCUUCCUCUUCUUGAAUUCUAAACAACCGUGCAGCUGUUACCCCGUGACAUCCGCGUUUGGAGCGGGGUUGCAGCAUCGCACAGCCCUGCAUGGAAGUGGCCAGUGCGGGAGGGAGGGCUGCCUCGGGUUCUUGUGACUGAAAGGGGUCCGGCGUGCCACUGUGUGGGCUGCAGUGUCAGGCCUGGAGACGGGAGACAGCUGCUGUGGGCAGGGAGCCUCGUGUCCCCUGUGCCUGCCCCAGCUCACCCAGCAGCAGCACCGGCGUCCU